AUGGAAUCGGCCCAAUGGAAUCGAUUUUCUGAUAUUGAAAAUACAAUUAUCGAAGACGCAUUUACGACAUUGAAAAAACCCUACGUGAUUCUCGAUGAUUAUCAUAUUGAUUUUGAACAUCAAGUUCAAAUUUCGAACGAUGAUAAAAGCAAACAACGACCGGUAAAACGAGCAGAAAUGAACAAAGAUGAAGGGCGCUUGAGAGAAGCACGUUUUAUGCCCAAUCCAAUAGUACCUGACAGCUCAUUUCAUGAUUUAGUUGGAUUCAGAAAGCUUUUUAUCGAUAGUUUCAUAGAAUUCUUCGAUCUUAAACAUGUAAAAGACUGGGAAAAGCGGAAACAUGAUAUACUAGAGAAAGCAAUGUUGGGUAUUUUACAUGAAGGAAAACUGGCCGGAAAACAAUGUGAAGCUAAAUGGAUUGUUCAACAGUUAGAAAAAGUCAAAGACAAAACAAAGAAAGAAAUUGGCGAAUGUUGCAUUUAUCUUUAUUCUCUUGAGUCAUUUCUCUACAAAAUUUUAAAUCAAACGAUGCGUCUCAUAGGUGACAAGAAUCAUGAAAAUGUCUGGCGAAGUAAAGUAGAAACUCUAGGUCCGUUUGCUUUUCUUCUCUACUAUUAUUUAUCUUACGAAAAUUUAAAUCAACGAACAAAUACUACUGUGUACCGAGGCGCUCAAUUGACCGAUAAAAUGAUUGCUGAGUAUCAAUAUGUCGCUCAAAGCAACGAUCCACGACGAUCGUUUCAAGCAUUUACAUCGUGUAGUCGCAGUCGUGCAAAAGCUGAACAGUUUGGCAAUGCUUUAUUUGUUCUGAAUGCUGAAAAUCGUAUUUCAUAUAGUACGCUGAACAUGGAUAUUUCUUUUCUAUCUGCUUAUCCGGAAGAAGAAGAAGUACUUAUACGCCCAGGACGAUCUUUUAAAAUUGAAAGCGUUACAUUCGAAAAAACGAAGAAAAAACAUGUUAUCUAUUUAACAUUGAUAUCAACAAACGAGACGAACUAG